UUAGGUUGAAUUUAAACCACCUAGAGGGCAGUACUUAUUUUACGUAUAUUAUAUGUAAUCGUUCAACGUGCCGCAUAUCCCUUGGGAAGCGAACUUCUUGAACUAAAUAUAAGAUCACCGCUUGUACACGCCGCGAGUUUUUGACUCCAUAAGCGAUCAUCAAAUAUGAAUUGACAAGCCGUAUUGACAGAACUUUUGCCAAACGUGUAUCUUCGAUCCGUCUCGAUCUACGAUCGCGUUACAAGUGCAAUAGAUAGGAAUGGAGUUCGGGGUGGGCAAUGUUGCCCAAAUAUCAGCAGAACUUGCUCAAGUAGUGGAAGUGAUGAUGUCACCAAAUGUUCCACAACAGCAACGUUUGGAAGUAUAUAAUGCUUGUGAACGAUUCAAAGAAUCGUCUCCUUUAUGUGCACAAUGUGGAUUAUAUCUGGCUCAGAAAGCUCCAAACAGAAGUUCAGUGGUUCGGCAUUUUGGAUUACAACUUAUGGAACAUUGUAUCAAAUAUAGAUGGACACAAAUAUCUCAAACAGAGAAAAUAUUUAUAAAAGACAAUGCAAUGAAAUUGCUUCAAGAAGGCACAGAACCAUUGUUACAGGAAGAAGCUCAUAUUAAAGAUGCGCUUUCUCGGGUUGUAGUAGAAAUGAUAAAAAGGGAAUGGCCACAACAAUGGCCUACAUUACUUGCUGAACUUAGUCAAGCAUGUACAAGGGGUGAAAGUCAAACUGAGUUAGUUCUUUUAGUGUUUCUAAGACUUGUGGAGGAUGUUGCACUUUUACAAACAUUAGAAUCUAAUCAAAGAAGAAAGGAUAUAUACCAAGCACUUAAUACAAACAUGGCUGAAAUUUUUAGUUUUUUUUUAAGAUUAAUGGAACAACAUUUUUCAGAAUUUCAAAAGAAGAAUACUUUAGGUUGUACCUCUGAAGCUGCGGCACAUAGCAAAGUUGUACAGGUAGUACUGUCCACAUUAACUGGCUUUGUGGAGUGGGUUUCAAUUACUCAUAUUAUGGCGGAAGAUGGUAGAUUAUUGCAGAUAUUGUGUCUUCUAUUGGGAGAUCCAAUAUUUCAGUGCUCAGCAGCUGAAUGUUUAUUACAAAUUGUAAACCGUAAAGGCAAAGCUGAGGAUAGGAAGCAAUUAAUGAUUUUGUUUUCUGAAGAUGCUUUGAGAUAUGUUUAUACGGCAGCAACUGCAGCAUCACCUGUCACUGGAACAAAUGAAUUUCAUGAGAACCAUUAUUUGUUCUUAAAAAAAUUGACACAGGUGUUAACUGGAAUGGCUACUCAACUGUGUACUCUUUGGGGUAAAGAUGACAGUUCUAACAUUCGACCAACACAUUUUAACAUAUUUUUAGAUACUGUGUUGACAUUUACUAUGUAUUCAAGUUUGACAUUAACCCAUAUGGCAAAUGUAAUUUGGAUAAUGCUGUUUAAACAUGAACAGAUAAAACAAGAUCCAUUGUUGUUAACUUAUAUACCGAAAUAUGUAGAACAUACAGCGCCAAAACUAAUAAAAGUGACUUAUCCACAAGAUAGACAAGCUAAUGGAAUGAGCGCAUAUUGUCUCGCAGAUUAUGAUUCAAUGGAAGAAUUUAAUGUCUUCCUUCAUCGAUUCAGAACUGAUUUAUUGGAAGGUUUUCGACAAGUAACAAUGGUAGCUCCUUUGAUAACAUUUACUUACGUACAACAGUGGCUAACAGCUAAAAUAACAAAAGGAAUGGCGGACCUUCGAUAUCAGAGUGACCAAAAUGAUCCACAAUAUCUUGAAUGGGAAGCUCUUGCACAAGCCUUGGAUUCUGUUGUAUCAAGAAUUCUAUUGAUUAACGAACGACCAAGCGUACAAACUGGCCUUCAAUUGUUGGAAUUAUGUCUUGGUUACUCUCCCCAAGAUCCUUGGUUAUUAUCCGCGCUGCUUUCUUGCAUCAGCGCUCUCUUUGUGUUCUUAUCUAUGUCAACUGGUUCAAUGGCUAUGCCAGGUGUGGCUAUCCUACCUAGAGUUCUAGAGAAAAUCUUUGCUGCUCUGGUAUUUGAAGCUCCUGGUGAAACAAAAGGUACUCGAUCUAGAGCAGCAAAGAACGUAAGACGACAUGCGGCUAGUCUUAUGGUUAAAAUUAGUCUGAAAUAUCCAUUACUACUUCUACCAGUGUUUGAGCAAAUACAUACAAUGGUGCAGGGUUUAGCGAGAGAACCUAGUCCUUUAUCUAAGAUGGAAACUACAUUACUUUAUGAAGCAUUGUUAUUAAUAUCAAAUCACUUUUGUGAUUAUGAAAGGCAAACCAGAUUUGUCGCAGAAAUAAUCGGUGAUGCAUCAGCGAAGUUUAUCGCGCUUGGAUCAGAGUCGUUUAAAGGACCACUCGAAUUAAUAAGAUUCGUAGGUUUAGACCGAGCACCAGUUGAGAAUAUUACGGAAGAUCCGGCAGGUCAAAGUCGAAGCGACUUAAUGAUAUGUAUCUCUACAAUAUUGUGUGUUGUAAAACGCUGCUCUAUUCCCGAUGAUCCUGAUCGCGCUGCAAGAGGCAGCUUUGUAGCUGCGCUUAGCGAAAGUGGGAAUCCAGUGUAUAGAAAUCCUGCUACACCACAUGUAAUUCCUAUACUGCCAACACUUUUUGCAUUGCUCAGAACAAUGAACGCUCUAUUCACACCUACUGCUUUAGCAGCUUUGUCAGAGGGAUAUAAAAAUGCUCACGAAUUAUUGGAAGCAGAGAAAGCAAAUCUGUUAGGUUUAAAUACAACAAAUGACAAUGAACGAGCUUCUGAACCUGAUCAGUCUUCGUUUACAGCUUUAAUUCGAAUGCAGUCGUUUCUAAGUACCAUUCAUGACUUAUGCUACCAUAUGUUAGGUAGCGGAUGUCAUAUGAUUGGAAGAGAUUUUUACCAGUUACCUGGUUUAGCACCAGCGCUCAUUAACUCAGUUUUUUCUAAUAUGGAGAUGAUUCCAGAUUAUAGGUUGCGACCAAUUAUACGUGUUUUUAUGAAACCAUUCAUAUAUUCUUGUCCACCUGCAUUUUAUGAAAGUGUUCUUGUACCUGUACUGGCUCAUGUUUCUACGCAUAUGUGCCAAAGGUUAAGUGCGAAAUGGCAGUACAUUGCACACCUCUAUGAAUCUGGUGGUUUGGACGAAGAAAAUACGGAUACACAAGAAGUUAUUGCUGAUAUGUUAAAUAGAAAUUUGACAAGAGACUUUGUAGACGUAUUGAAAGUAGCUCUUAUCGGUGGUGCUGCUAGUGAUGCGACUCCUGAUAUUAUAGAACAAGAUAGCGGCGGUAUGGCUAUCGAUGCUCCUUCGUCACGAGGAAAUAGUAUAGUCGCUGAAGUUGUUAGUGAAUUGGGAACUGUUGUUCUUCGUCAUCCAUCUACGUGCCAUAGCGUCGUUCUAUGUGUUUUAGGAGCUUUAGCUUGGAACGAUUCAAAUGCAAGUUUGAAGGCCACAAUGUUAACUGGACCAGUUGUACGGGCGUUGGCAGCUGAUGGCAGUUUAACGCCUGCUAUGGCUGCUCAUAUUAUGGUAGCUAUUCUUCAAGGUUUACAGCUUCAUGGACAACACGAAGCAAAUCAAGGUUCACUUAUAACUUUGGGUGCACAAGUCUAUGAAUGUCUACGACCUAAAUUUCCCAAUAUUAUUGAAGUGAUGCAGCAAAUUCCGGGUGUAAAUCCUACGGAUUUACAACGUUUCGAUGAAAAGAUGGCUGUGGUUAGUACUAAAGGAAAUAAAGUUGAAAAAGGAAAGAAAGACCUCUUUAAGAAAAUUACAAAUCAGCUCAUUGGUCGAAGUGUUAGUCAGUUGUUUCGUAAGGAAAUUAAAAUAGACAAUUUACCACGUAUAGAAAUAUUCGGUAAACAACAAGCAGUACGUGUAGAUGAGGUAUCCGAGAAUUCGACUGAUAGCGGGUUUACAGCUUUAUUUGCAGGACCUACGUAGCAGAAACUCUAUUUAGAUGACCAUACUGCAUGCAUGUGGUCUAAAUUAAUAAAUAGUAAUAAAUCAUCGUGAAAACGAUUUCCUAUCAAAAAAGAUUGAGCUAUAUACAUAAAGGAAUCAUGUAAUUAAAAUAAGAGGACUUCAUAGAAUACAAAUUGUUUCAAAUAGAUUUUUAAAUUAUUCAUAAAGUUGAACGCGUAUAUACCAUACACAGUCUGGCGAUUGAAGUUACACUUAACUAUUUUACUUAUGUACUGAAUAAUAAAUAAAAUUAAAACAAAAUACGCUUACGCGCGUGUUCAACAACGAUUAUAAAUAAUUUGUAAAGAAAUAAGCGAAAAAAUAAAAAAAGAUAAUAGUAUCCGGUUUUAUUUAUGAAAUCCUCUUAUUUUUGACUCAGGAUUUCAAUAUAUACAAAAAUCCGUGUUUUUUCGACUAUCCAGGAUGUGCGCGCGCGUAUGUUGUGUGUAUGUAUGUGUGUAUAUUUUGUGCGUAAUGCACGUGUAACAUAAAACAUUUGUCGUUAAAGAAGAGCAUGCAAUACGUAUGACGAGGCAAAUUAUAAACAAAUCUAAAUAGAUUAUCGAAUAAUUGUAUAUUAAGUCUUAUGCAUUUAUUACUAUUUCUUUGGAUUUACAUAAAAUUUUUUGUAUUAAUGUAAAACAUGGUUUUCCACGAUCGCGCAAUGUGUAAUACAAUUUUUGUAAACAACAUUUCGCUAAUGUAUAAUACAAAGAUUGUUGAUUUAUAUAAAACAAUUUUACGAUUUGGUACAAAAAUUUGUAUUCGAAUUGAUUACAGUUAUUUUUAAUCAAGAGAAAAACGUGUACGUUUUUCAGCACUUUUUAAAAGCGCUGUUUUAUAAUGUAUGUUUCACAUGAAUAAUGCCAAAAUUUUAUUUGGGCAUUUUAAAAGCAUAUACAUAUAAAAUAAGCCUCAUUUAAGAUCUGUUCGAGUCAUGUUACCGCCAUUAAAUGCAACUUUUAUUUAUCAUUUGAAAUUGACAAAAAUGCAGCAUUUCAGAUGACUGUAUGUAAAUCGAAUAUGUAAUAGUUUCAUUUUCUUGUUACUUUUUAAUUAUUUUAAUUAAUUUUAUUUUAUUAUUGUGAAUAACGCAGCACUGUAACUAUCGCAUAAAACUGGAUUAGUACCUUACAUGAUUGCCAUUAUUCAUCAAAAGUAGCGACAAUACUUUAUAUAAAAUUGUAGAUAUUAAUGAUUAUUUAAUACGCGACAAUCAUAUCACGGAUUCAGAAGUAAUAUGGCGGAAAUUGUUAAAAAAUGAAGUACUAUCGCGAUAGAGACUGUGCUAUUUAAGAAAUUUAUAAUACUAAGCAUAGAAAAAUUUUAAAUCACACUGGUGUCUUUUGUUGAAUUUAACAUUAAAUUAUAUCUUGUUAAAUACGGUCAAUUUGCCUAUCGUAUUAACAUCAUAUGUGUUAUAAAAUAAAAUUCCUAAAGAACUAUAUUUUCCAACAAAAGCUAUCGAAAUUAGUAUAAAUAGAGUAUAACUUUUUAAUAAAUUUCAAAUUUUAUUACUAGUUAAACUAGUUAUCGCGUUAGAGUUCAACAAUUUUUCUUCAAUAUACGCGAUAGUACGCACAUAAUGAAAUUAAUAUACUUUGCCUAUCAAUACUCCAUUAAUUUGCUUAUAUUUAUAAUUAUACUCUCCUGAAGAUUGCAAAGUCUGUUAAUACGUUUCGAUAUAAGUACGAAUAAGACAAUGUCAAAGUCCAAGAGACAUUUUGUAAUUUUUAUACAUAUGUAUGUAUGCGCCUACAAAAAUAGGACAUUAAAAGGGCUUCAUGUAUCGAACUUCUAAAAAUUAUCUGAAGUACAACUGCAGUAAAAUGCCGAAAAUAUUUCGCUA